AUGGUUGUGGUCUACGGGGAACCCAACGUCUUUUGUAAAAAUCUUGACGACACCCAAGAAAAUUGGGAGGAUUGUCUUCAGAACUGUUUGAAUACUUGGAGUUGUGUGCUAGUUCACCAACUCACUGAGAAAUCUUGUAAAUUUUUCACAAUUCAGGAUGUUCGAAAUGUGAAAAUACUAGACAGUUCGUCUAAUAAAAAAGUUGCAUUCAAGAUAAGCCUUCCUACCGACACGUGUCCCCGUGAGACCCAAGCUCCGCCCCUUUUUGGGAAUGACUCAUCUUCUUUGAUUAUAACAAAUGGAGAGGGUACUUAUUAUAAAUCUGAAGUUACUUAUUCACCAGAAACGUGGGAUUACACCGAAGAAAUAAACAUUGAAACAUGGGAUUUCAACUACGGUAUGCUCAAUUGUCUCACUGAUAUUCCAGAGAAUUAUGUCCCCCUCGACAUCACUGAAGAGUACCCAUACUAUCACAAGUUGACGUCACCAUUCUCACCAGGAGAGACAUUUUUUAUGAGAGGGAAGACAGCGAAGCUGGGGAAAGUAACCACAAUUGCAUUUUUGAACACGGAAACCUCCGAUUACCCUCUCUACAUUAUUCUUAAUCAAGAACACGACGUUUCCAAUAAUGUGAGUAUCACAAUAUGGAAGAAUAACAAUCAAUUGCUGAGGAAUAUACCCGAAAUUUACCCAAAUCCAUACGGACCGGAAGAAGAUUUCGAAAUUCGAGUGACGUCAACGAAAGAUGUCGCAACUAUUUAUUUUAACACAACUAAGAUUGAGUACCCGUUGUAUUCGGGAGUCCCACUUCCGAAUAUUAAUUAUUUCGUGAUAAAUUACAAUGGUGAAAGUCAGCCUAAUCAGAGAGGCGAACUCUAUUUCUUAGGAUGGACUGGAGAUUGUCAAUAUCUCAAUAUGUGA